CGUGGGCAACCUCAUAUCGCAACUCUUGUGCUGCUCAAUGAUGAUCCUGUCCCGGCGUUGGAUGACCUUGCUAGGGACAGUGUUGCUCCGCAGUUCCAAGCAGAGCGUAUAGGCACCCUCGAGGGUGAUACUUCUGAGGAGGCCCAUGACGGUGGGGAGACCAGUGGUGAGGAGGAGGAGUCAGGAGCUAAUGAGAACGAAGAGGACGAAGGUGGGGCUCGGAGGAGGACAACAAUGAGGAUAGUGACAGUGAUCGAGUUGGACGAAGUGGACAGAUGGGGACUUCCCCCCCUCCCACCAGCAUAGAGCUACUUCUCCCAUGGCACCGUCCACCUCUCAUGUACGACCUGCUGCAGCGGCUGGAUCAAGCCUCACAACAGACGAUGUUCAGGGCAUGUUGCUAGAUCAAAGAAUUCUGUUCGAAAUGCGGCUCCGCACUGUGAAGCUCGAACUCAUGCAGCACAUGUCCGAUGAAUUUAAAAAAUUGAAGGACUUCAUAUCCACCAUCGUCCCAGCAUCCGGCUCUACAACCACUGCAUGUGCGACUGAUGUGGACCCCAAGCCCAGACAAUCAGACUACGGAGGCUUUGCAGGCCACCACCCGUCGCUUGACGGUAUCGACGAAGACAUGGGGAUUGACAGGCAAGAGGGGGAUGGUAUGUGCAUUAAUGAAGAACACAUGGAGCCAUGCCUGGACGAGCAGGAUAUGCCACUGGCCACUAGAACCGAAAGUCUGCAAGGUACGUCGGUUAUUUUUGAGCAAAUUGAUUAA